UCGGACCGGGACGUGGGCGCGCGCGCGUGCAGAGACGUCGGUGUCGCUCAUCAGUUCCCGUUAAAUUCGCGGCUUGGUUCGUGACUUAAAACCAACCAGAACGAAAAACCAGCCCCGGGUUCUCUAAUCGUGUUGCUGAUCUGUGCUGUAUGCGGUGUCGUGUUUUUUUUUUUACUCUUUUUCCUGUCGCACGUGAGGAACACGUCGCUUUACACGCCACUUUACAGGAUCGUUCAUCAUGACGGGCAUCGGAUCUGCCACGGACGCUGAGAGAGACGGGUCUGAAACCAUAUUGCAGCCGGAGUCAGACCAGAACCUCACGCCUGCUAAUAGUUCUCCUUUGGACCUGAUUGACACGGGCAAAGGGCUGAAGGUUCAGAGCACAGCGCCUCAUCUGGUCAGUCUGGGGAGCGGUCGGCUCAGCGUGGCCAUCACCGUACUGCCUCUGAAAGAAGGUAUCACUUGUAUCGGUCGUGAAGAUGCCGCCGUACCGCAGGAUAUCACCAUCCAGGGUCCUGGCAUCGAAGCUGAGCAUUGCAUCAUCGAGAACAGAGACGGAGUCGUGACCCUGGACCCCUGCGGACACCUGUGUUCUCUCGAUGGCGUUCCUGUGACCACGCCCACCCAACUCACUCAAGGUUAUUCUCUGUGUUUGGGUAAAUCCUACUUCUUCCGUUUUAACCAUCCAGAGGAGGCCAGUCGGAUGAAGAGCAUGCUUCCUCAGAAGAGUCCCGUGUCCCCGCUGGUCUACAGCACAGAUUAUAUGAAGUUCAGUAGCGAUUUCAGUCCCAGCAUCGGAGGCCCGAGUUCCAGAGGUGUGCGGUCCGUCUCCGAGCUGCGGGAAUUAAUGGACACCUUACAGAGGAAAAAACAAGCCCUGGAGAACAGUCUGCGGACCAAUGGGGACAAUAGCCCCUCCUACUUCAGCAUGACCCAGUCCCCGCCCUCGACGCCCAGCUCAUUGUCCCCAAUAACCUCAUCAAGCCCCAUAUCUCCCUAUCAGGACCAAGCGAGACGACUCUACACGUCUGACCGGCCGCCUCUUUCUGGUAAAGUCCCCGCCCACUCGUCUAACAGCGUCCCCCCCUCGCCGCGACGCAGUGACCAGCGGGAAUAUAACUCCGCCCUUCCUCCGUUACGACCAAUGAUGCGGAAUCAGUCCCAGGACAGCCUCCUGUCUUCGGAUAGUAGACGUGGCCAGACAUCAGGUUCUUUGCUGUCUAUGUGGAACGGUUCUGGCUCUACAGCAUGUGAUACCCUUCCCCCAACUUCAGGAAGUGGAAGCGGAGCAGCUAGCAUGCCCUCCAGCCCAAGAUUAGCACGCAGGCUACAGCCUGAGGAAGCUGGACGCCCAGUUCCAGCACCACGCCAAAGGAAGUACUCAGCUGGUUCUCUGACAGGAAUGGGGAUAGCCGCUCACAGCCGCUCGUUACCCCGCCUCUACCGCCCGGGUGAAUCCCAGCUCGCCCCUCUCACCCUGCCAUGGCCCCGCUCCUCACCCACCCCUGAGUCCAGUCACCAAAACGGACCCACUGAGGUGGUCUCCAUCUCCUUGUCCACCAGGACCAUUUCCAAGCAACCGCCCGUGCGUCCGGAAGUGACCACACCCACAGGUGCUGCAACCAGUCCACGGCAAGCCAAGAAGGUGAGUCUGACCUCCAGCAGCUCCACCUCAGAUUUGGAGAAGCAGGCAGCAUGCAUGGAGCUGGGACUGGGAGAGAGGAGGCAGUCAUUUGGGAAGGCUGGGAUCGGACCACAGGGUGGAUUCCGUGAGAGAAAAGGAAGCAUCAGCUCUCUGAGUGGGAAAGAAGAGCUUCAGGAUUAUCACCAGAGACAGAGAGAUGAGAGACUUCGAGAGCAGGAGGUGGAGAGACUGGAGCGCCAGCGUCUAGAAACCAUCCUGAACCUGUGCUCGGAGCGGCAUCAGAGUGGCUCAGCCGUGGCCGACCUCCAGAAGAUCAAUAAAGAGCUGGAGAAGCUGCAGGUGACCGAGGACGAGUCCGUGUUUUCCGACUCCGCAGAGAAAGGUUACGGCUCUGGGACUCUGCAGUGCCACGUCACCGAGGAGCGGCAGCUACGCCAGCGUCGUUUCAGCGGGCAGCGAGACAUCAAGGCGGAGUCAAAUGCUGGGAAUCUUCUUAGCUCCGCCCCCACACCAUCUCCUCGACAGAUGCGAAAUAACAAGACACCCGAGGAGGAGGAGGUGCGGCUGAAACAGGAAGUGACGCGUAUCGAAGAGGAGAGGAUUCAGGUGCUUAAUAACAUGGAGGAGCUGGAACAGAAGAUCAAAGAGCUGGACAACCAGAUGGACGAAUCCAUCCAAGAGAUGGAGGUGGAACGCGCACUAUUAGAAGGUGAGCAGGAGUCUGAGGCGACUCAGCUGCAGCAAGAGAAAGAGACUCUGGAGCAGCUGAAGGACAAGAUGGCCGACACGGAGCAGAAGGUGCAGGCAGAAAAGUCACAGGACAAAGCCCAGCUUGAUGCUGAGCGGGUAAAGCUCGAGCGUCUGGCCGAAGUGCUGUCCGAGCAGCGCGCUCAGCUUGACACGUGUCCUGAAGCCCUGAAAGAGCAGCUCGUCAUCCAGCUGUCCAGGGACGCUGAGAUGUUAGAGGUGGAGACAAAGCGCUUUGAGGACCUGGAGUUUCAGCAGCUGGAGCGAGAGAGCCGUCAGGACGAGGAGAAAGAGACGCAGGCGCAGCAGAUCCUCCGAGAGAUCGCAGAGUAUCAGCGCAGCACCGUCACCCGCAAGGAGAAGUUGCUCGCUUUGAAGAAACAGUCCACACAGAUCAUCCAGCAGGCCCAGAAGGAGAAGGAGAGCUUCCUGAAGGAGAAGAACAACCUGCAGAUGAUGCUGCAGCGGGAAAAGGAGAAUCUCAGCAACCUGGAGAAGAAAUACGGUGAGCUGACAGGGGGGCGGAGCUUCCCCAUCAACCCCCUCAGUAUGAAGGAGGGUUAUGUCACAGUGAGUGAGAUCAAUGAACUUUAUGCCAAAUUGGGGGUGGAGUCAAGCCCCGCCCCCUUCCACCUCAAUGCCCCCGAGCGUCCCAGCUCUAGGUCCGAACCCAGCGCUAAUCCCGAAGACAACAGUGCAGCUUCAGGAGAGGACGAGCAUUUUCGAAGUCUGGAGGAAAGGAAGCGAUUGGUGAAGGAGAGUCACGUGUGUGACACGCUUCCUCGGAAAAAGUCCCAGGCUUCAGCCAGCUCUCAGUUUAACUGUGCUACGCUGGGUCGCAGCACACCUUCUAAAUCACAUCUUCCUUUAGUACAGAGCUCCAGCUGUGGCAGCGUCUUAAACAGAGUCCUCACAGUGUCUCCUAAAGACACAGACACACGCCGACUACACAAGGGUCACAGUCAGCAGCUAGUGGGUGAGGAUCACCGAUCGAGACUGACAGAACUCGGGGGUCGCGCCGCCUCCCAGUCCAACGUCUACCUGGACUCUAUGGGUUACCGUGACAACGGCUUCGACACAUUCAGCAUGGACAGCUCAGACAGCAUGGAGACCAGCAUCUCCGCCUGCUCACCCGACAACGUCUCCAGCGCCAGCACCUCCAACGUGGCCAAGAUAGAGGAGAUGGAGCGGCUGCUGAGGGAGGCUCAGGCCGAGAAACAUCGACUCCUGGAGCACAGGGAGCGAGAGAUUGAGGUACGCCGUCAGGCUCUGGAGGAAGAGCGAAGGAGGAGAGAAGAGCUGGAAAAAAGACUGCAGGAGGAAACGAGUCGACGACAGAAACUCAUUGAGAGGGAGGUGAAGCUGCGAGAGAAACAGAGAGCUCAGUCUCGUCCGCUGACACGCUAUCUGCCUGUGAGGAAGGAUGACUUUGACCUGCGCGGCCACAUCGAGUCGGCCGGACACAACAUCGAGACUUGCUACCACAUCUCCAUCACGGAGAAGACGUGCCGCGGCUUCCUCAUCAAGAUGGGAGGAAAGAUCAAGACCUGGAAGAAGCGCUGGUUCGUCUUCGACCGAAACCGCAGGACGCUGUCUUACUACGCAGACAAACACGAGGCGAAGCUGAAAGGCGUGAUCUACUUCCAGGCCAUAGAGGAGGUCUAUUACGACCAUUUAAAGAACGCACACAAGAGCCCGAAUCCAUCCUUAACGUUCAGCGUAAAGACUCAUGAUCGUGUUUACUACAUGGUGUCUCCAUCUCCGGAGGCCAUGCGGAUCUGGAUGGACGUCAUCGUCACCGGAGCUGAGGGAUACACGCAGUUCAUGAUUUAGAUGCGUGUCAUGAGUUUAGCUUGAGUGUGUGUGUGUGUGUGUGUGUGUGUGUGUGUUUCUGUUGUUUUCUCCUGGAUAGAUCUUGUGACCAUCAUCAUCAUCAUCAUCAUCAUCAUCAUCAUCAUCGCUUGUGAGCUGUGUGCAGUGUAAAAGUUCCAUGUAGUUGUUUUGUUUUUUUGAUUUAUUUUUUUUUAAUCAUGUAUAAUCUAAAGUGCCUUCAGACUUCAGCAGCAGCUGUAACUGAUCUUCCUGUGCCUUGGUCACAUGUCACCCGAAAUGAAGGACUCUGAUUGGUUGUGACAUCACACGCGAACGAGCGAACGUUUCAGCACAGCAUCAUCUUUCACAUCGUGUUUCAUGAGGAAUUCAUUGCAUUUUAAUUUGUGUGUGUGUGUGUGUGUGUGUGUGUGUGUUGAUCAUCAGGGAUGCACAGGUCAACAGCAACAUUAAAGGUGCAGUCUGUAAUUUUGUCUUAAACCCUGCGAUCAUUUCGUAAAUACGUGAGAAAAUAUUUUUAUGGCAUGUUUCUUGAUUUCAGCUUUGAAAAUUAGCUCCACCUUCGAGUCAGAUCACGUGCUUAGCCCCACCCCUUUUUCCAUAAAAAGCAACACAGUAUACUGUAGUAUAAAUUUACAGAAAUGUCAGUUUGGGAUUUAAACUUUUCGGUCAGCAGGAGGCGCUACAAAAUUACACACUGCUCCUUUAAUUUUUAAAUACCAAAGAAUUCACAUAGAAUUACACACUAUACGGUGUGUGUGUGUGUGUGUGUGUGUGUGUGUGUGUGUGUGUGUGUGUGUGUGUACAGAUCUUAUGUUUUGUAAUCUUCACAGUAACCAAAGGUGCUAAAAGAUGCGUGCUUUCCUUUUUCUGUGGGGUUUAUUUGUGUAUGUUGACAAAUGCUCUUGAGAUUUCACAGUAAUUCAGUAUUUUAGAAUUUUGUGUCAAUGGAAUUACUGAGAAUGCAGGAUAUUUUAAAAAUAUCUUUUUUAACAUUAAGGAGAAUGAGUUCUAUAUCCCAGUUGCUGUAUUACAGUGUACAUUACUUUCUCCCUGUAUGUUUUAUAUAUUUGAACAUGAAAUAUAUUCUAAAUAUUGUCUAAAGCUCAUUUAAAUGCUCGGUUCACACUGCAGCUCUCACCUGCCCCCCUGCUGCAGUCAAUAAACACCUUUCAUCACCAGCAGGGGGCAGUAAGAGUCUGAGACACUCCACUAAUAAUAAUAAUAAUAAUAAUAAUAAUAAUAAUAAUAAUAAUAAUAAGCCUUACUUCUGUUGUUGUAUAUUUCACUAAACAGAUAUUUUUUGUAAUUGUUAUUUAUGUUGUUAUUCUGCAUGCUCCUAUAUUUUUGCAUCCAAAACAAUAAAAUCAGGACACAAAGACAA